AUGGCCAGCAAAAGAGGGAAAAAGAAAAUGAAAAAAAGUAUGGAUGUAAAGAUUGUAGAGAGCCCCAAAAAUGUGACAGAAGAUCUACAAGUUGCUGAACAAGUAGAGAAGCAUGGAGAAGACCAGAUCAUGCUAGAUGAAGAUAAUGUGUCCAGCGAGGAGAGUGUACAGUGUGAUGAGAUGGUUCUGUCCAGUGGGAAGUCAAAAAAGUACAAAUCCCGUGAUUCAGAUGAUUCCAGCUCCACCUCCAGCUCCAGCUCAAGCUCCACCUCCAGCUCCACCUUCAAGUCGACCUCAAGCUCCUCACUUUCAUCCUCUUCGUUCUCCAAAAUGAAGAAAUCCCGCAAGAAGAGUAAAAAGGAGCACUGUCAUCCUCUAGCAAUGGCGAGAGUCUUUGCAGCUCGCACAAUUGACGAUGUGGUACGUCGGUACCACAAAGUUGUGAAGGCCUACAAGAGUCAGGGGAGCAUGAAUAAGGCCUUCAGAAUUGUUGGUGUGGAUCGUAACACACUGGCUCUGUCUGCUCCCCUGGCUGAAAUUACAAUCGCAGCUCCAAAAUUUUUAAAGAGCCUCCCACCAUUUAAUCUCAAAAAAGAGAAGCUUUUAGAUUAUUCAAAGCGUUGUGCGGAAUCAAUGACUCCAGAGGUCCGUGCUAAAAUUGAAGAGCUAAAAGCGAAAGGCAAGCUUCUGCCAAUCAAGUAUAAAUAUAGAUAA